AUUUGAAUAGAUCACAGAAACCGCAUCACGCUCAUUGGUUCACACGGACAUAUUUCCUGCACUCCUGCCUGUCACUCAGCGGAUCUCCGGCGUGUGAUUGGCUCUGCCGGCAGGGGGCGGGCUCUCUGGAUGGAGUAUAUAGUGGUUGAGGGUUCGGAGUCUGUGCCAAUGCUCGUAGGCUCAGUCAGGAGGAGGACGAGUGUCCGAUGUGUCUCCACAGACCUGAAGCUCCCUCCUGCAGCACGACCCCCCCCACACGCCCGCGGACAGGUCCCUCUCCCGGACAGGAGCCGGGGCCGGGCCGCCGGGCAGCAUGGACGCGGACGCGCAGAGCCUGAUGUCCAUGUCCCUGAUGAAGAUCCAGAGCUGCCGGACGCAGCGCGGCGGCAUCACGCUGCACCGGAACCUGCUGCUGUCCUACGUGCUGCGCAACGCGCAACAGCUCUACAUCAAGGAGCGCUACCAGGAGCUGUACCGGAGGCAGCAGUACGAGGAGGUGAUGGCGGUCUGCAACGAGAUCCAGGACCUCGACCCGCUGGACGUGGACGCGGAGGACGCGCACGGAGAGGAGCAGGCGCGAGGCUGCGGCGAGGACACCAGUCCGUGCGAGGCGGCGCGCCCCCGAAACCCGACGCAGUCGGCGGCAAACGUCCGGGCGGCGAGCUCCCUCCUCGGCUGCUCCCCUGUCGAAGACUGCGGCAGAGAACCGGAGCCGGCGGACUUCCGCAGCUGCUGCAUGGAGGCUUCCCCCGGAGCGCACUCCGACCACUUCCCCGGGGACUACAUCCGGCACUGCAACAAGACCACGGUGCUGGACCUGGACACGCAUGUGGUGACCACCGUGGAGAACGGGUUCCUGCACCAGGACUGCUGCUGCGCACCGGCUCCACCGGCUCCGGCCCGGAAGAGGAAGGUGGAGUCCGGCUGCUGCGCCUCGGACCCGGAGGAGCUCUGCGACUUCACUGCGGCGCGGAAACGAGCCAAGCGCGAGUACUGCUGCUUCUCAGGCGCGGACUUCACGGACACGUCCAACAUCUCCACCCUCAUCUCCAUCUUCGGCUCGGGCUUCUCCGGGCUGCUCAGCCGCCAGGCGGAGCUGGAGCAGGUCUGUGGCCAGCAGGCCCUGGCCAGUCUGGGAGCGUGGACCCGGGCCAUAGAGGCAUUCUAAACCCACCUCUGAAGACUGACCAGAGACAGACAGAAAGUGAGGGAGAGACAGAGAGUGAGGGAGAGACAGACAGACAGACAGACAGACAGGCAGAGAGAACAACUUUGUCUGGAACUGGUUUUUACAACUUCCAGCAAAUGUUCUGUGGAGAGUUGUUGUUUGAAAUGAGGUCACGUGACUGAAUGACUGCUCCAGGACUUUCAGCUGUCCCUGCAUCAAACCAGAACUUUCCUGGAAGGUUGAUGGACACAGGAACUUUUCACUUUCUUCAAAAUCCAACAUCUGAGUAAAUCCUCCAGUUUGAAAACAAAAUCCGGUUUAUUAAUAAAACUGAGGUGUAAAGAAAAUGUCAUUCAACAUCGAAGCUGAAGUGUUGAUGUAGUGAAGUUUAAAAUGUGUGUCUGGUUCUUCUUCUGUUCGUUCACAUUAAACUCAGUCUCACCUGGAGUCUCCCUUUGGUUGAAGUUGAAAGUGAUUGGUUGGUUUGUGAGUGGUGACAUCAUUCACCCUCUCCUCUGAUUGGUGGAAAUGUACAGCUGCGCCUGGUCUUCCUCAAAUAAGACAAAUAGAUCAACUUUAUUUUUGCAAGAAAAAGAUAAAAACUAUAAAAAAUGUUUAAUGUGGAGGAGAGUUGGUGCCAUAUUGAACCAGACUUCCUUUGACUUCCUGUGAAUCGUUUCAUGACACAAACACGUUUUAGUUUAGCGAGUGUUAAACUUUAUAAAAACAAGUUGAUCUUCGUCCUUUUGUUUUAAAAAGGCAAAGAUGCAGUCGUGUGACUCCCUCAGUUUUAUGACUCAGACAACUCUCAUCCUCUUAUUCUUCUAUUUUUUUAUCGGUAUUUUGUGUGUUUGAUAAAUUGUAGCUCUUCGGGUAAAACUGUUGCAGAAAAUAUUUGUAAAAAUUGUACAAUCUUAAUAAAAAAUGAAAACUUUAACCAGA